AAGCUUGUGUGCUUGACAACCAGCAAGCGGCAGAGACAACAAGAGCCUCUCGCCCCGAAACACGGAGGAAUAAACCCCGCAGACAGCGCGUGUCGACACACCCUCGGCGGACACACAGAGGAUUCCUGCACUUCGCGUUUAUGUAGUGAUUAUCAGCUUGCCACCAUGACGGCUGAGGAGAUCAUAAACGUGAAGGAGGUGGAGAUCAUCAAGGUGAUGUUGGACUUUCUAAACUCGCGCAAGCUGCACAUUAGCAUGCUAGCAUUGGAGAAGGAGAGCGGUGUCAUCAACGGCCUCUACUCAGACGACAUGCUCUUCCUCAGGCAGCUCAUUCUGGAUGGACAGUGGGAUGAAGUGUUGCAGUUUAUUCAGCCUCUCGAGUGUCUGGAUAAAUUUGAUAGGAAGAGGUUCCGUUACAUUGUUUUAAAGCAGAAGUUUCUGGAAGCUUUGUGUGUGAACAAUGCCAUGUCUGCUGAAGAUGAGCCACAACAUCUGGAGCUGACCAUGCAGGAGGCGGUCAAGUGUCUCCACGCUCUGGAAGAGUUCUGUCCAUCUAAAGAUGACUACAGCAAGCUCUGCCUUCUCCUGACUCUUCCCCGUCUCACCAACCAUGCCGAGUUCAAGGACUGGAACCCAAGUACAGCUCGUGUUCAGUGUUUCGAGGAGUCCUGCGGUAUGGUGGCAGAGUUUAUCCCCGCCGACCGAAAGCUGAGUGAAGCCGGGUUCCGCGCCAGCUCCAACCGCCUCUUCCAGCUCCUGAUUAAAGGUGUAUUAUAUGAAUGCUGCGUGGAGUUCUGCCAGAGCAAGGCUACUGGAGAGGAGAUCACAGAGAGUGAGGUUCUCCUGGGUAUCGACAUGCUUUGUGGAAACGGCUGCGAUGAUCUCGACCUGAGUUUGCUUUCUUGGCUCCAGAACCUGUCGCCAAGUGUCUUCUCAUGCGCUUUCGAGCAGAAGAUGCUCAAUAUCCAUGUGGAUCGGCUUGUCAAACCAGCCAAGGCUGCCUACGCUGACCUGCUUACUCCGCUCAUCAGCAAGCUCUCCCCGUACCCCGCUUCUCCUCUCCGCCGGCCACAGUCUGCAGAUACAUACAUGUCUCGCUCUCUGAACCCAGCGCUGGAUGGCUUGUCCUACGGCUUGUCGCAGGAGAAGAGAGGAGUGACGACUGAUGGAGGGAAAACGUCACCCAUGUCGCACUCCUUCGCUAAUUUUCAACACAUGAACCGCAGUGUGAUGAUGGAGAAUUCAGGGUGUCACAGCAUCUUCGAGGAGUCACCAGAAAGCUCCAGAACUGAAACUCCAUCUGAUAAAAUGAUGAGUUCACCCGGUCCUCAAAACUCUCGCCCGGCCUCUGCCCCAGGUCAAGAUGCCCCAACACCUGGUUCUGAAGAAAAGAAUGAGUUGCGGGACUCCACCGACCAGUUUCAGGAAUAUUACCGCCAGCGGUUACGUGUACAGCAGCAUCUGGAACAGAAGCAACAGCAGAGGGAGCUCUAUCAGCAGAUGCUGAGAGAAGGCGGAGUCCAGCAGCAUGAGGCCCCGCCCACUGCCAAGCACAAUCUUACAGAAGCCUUCCUUACCAGGUCUAUUCAGCGUCUGGAGGAGCUGAAUGUGGGAAUGGAUGAUUUAGGAGAAGAGGUGCAGGCUCUCUCUCAGCAGUGCAAAGAAGGAACUAACAGCAACGGUGAAGUUGGAGACGCUUCAGCUACACCACAGACACAGGAUGGAGGUGGAGGAGCCAGCAGUGUGAUGACCAGCACUCCUCAGAGGUCAGCGAGUCAAUCCGGCUUUCCUCCGUCCAGCCAGUCUCCUGUACUGACCAAGAGUGCCCAGAAAGACAAAACCGGACAGAACGAUAGUUUGACCCGCUCUAAAGGCCCAGAGAAAGAGAAGACUAAAGCCAAGUUUGUGAUGGUCAACACUCUGGAGGACACUCAGGCAGUCCGCGCCGUGGCUUUUCACCCUACAGGAGCGUUAUAUGCUGUCGGCUCCAACUCUAAAACCCUGCGUGUGUGUGCUUAUCCAGACACACUGGACACCAGUGGUACGGGGACGAACAAACCUCCUGUAAUCCGCUUCAAGAGGAACAAGCAUCACAAAGGCUCCAUAUAUUGUGUGGCCUGGAGCCCCUGUGGACAAUUACUGGCCACCGGUUCCAAUGAUAAAUAUGUCAAAGUGCUGCCCUUCAACCCUGAGACCUGCAAUGCUACAGGUCCUGAUCUGGAGUUCAGUAUGCAUGACGGCACUAUUAGAGAUCUGGCGUUUAUGGAGGGUCCCGAGUGUGGAGGAGCCAUUCUGAUCAGUGCAGGAGCAGGAGACUGUAACAUCUACACCACCGACUGCCAGAGAGGACAAGGCCUGCACGCGCUGAGCGGACACACAGGUCAUAUUCUGUCUCUGUACACGUGGGGGGGCUGGAUGAUCGCGUCUGGUUCUCAGGAUAAGACGGUGCGUUUUUGGGACCUGCGUGUUCCCAGCUGUGUGAGAGUGGUGGGAACAGCCUUUCAAGGCUCAGGCAGCCCUGUGGCGUCAGUAGCGGUGGAUCCAAGUGGGCGUCUGUUGGCGACGGGACAGGAGGACAGCUCCUGUAUGCUCUAUGACAUUAGAGGUGGACGAAUGGUUCAGACGUAUAAGCCGCACUCCAGUGACGUCCGGUCAGUGCGCUUCUCACCCGGAGCUCAUUACCUGCUCACUGGAUCCUACGACAACAAGGUCAUCGUCACUGACCUGCAAGGUGACCUGACGAAGCAGCUGCCGUUGACUGUAGUCGGAGAGCAUGGAGAUAAAGUGAUCCAGUGUCGAUGGCACUCACACCAUCUCUCCUUCUUGUCCUCCUCCGCUGACCGCACCGUCACACUCUGGACACAGGCCACGUAGAACACCGCUGACCACUACACAUAGACAACACAUGUACAAACACAUCUGCUUCUGUCUGAUACCAGUCUGUAUUCAUUUCAUGUUCCUGAAAGGUGAGUGUCAGUGAAUGGCUGAGUUCAACGCAAACCCUUUUUUAUGCACAUAUAAUGGACUGCCAGUGUGUCUGAUGGCCUUGAGUCAUGCUUUCCACUAUAAAUGUGCUUUAGGUUCAUAGUCCUUUAUGAAACACUGGAUCAUUUUAUUAUUUUUACAGUUAUUUGAUCAAUAGCGGUUUCUCUUCUAUUUUAAUAUUUGACAUUUUGUGCUAAAACAGCUAUAAAUCAACAAAUGCUUCUUUUUAUUUAUUUACAUACUGACUAAUGCAGCAUCUUCCUGCACAUGUGGUGAAAAUAUGUUACAUUUUAAAGGUAAAUCCAAUGUUAAAGGCAUAGGUCAUCCAAACAUUUUCAUUCUGUCAUCAUUUACUCUCCCUUCACUUGCUCAAAAAUGCUUGAAUUUAUUUGUUCUGUUGAACACA